CAGUCAUUCACUGAUACGUUUCUGUGAAGAGAUGUCGUGGUUAGUGCUGAUUGUGAUAUUGGGUGUCGCGUCGGCUACUAAACCUAAUAUAAUUUUCUUUUUGGCGGACGAUCUUGGCUGGAACGAUGUCGGCUUCCACGGCUCCAAUCAGAUUCCGACCCCUAAUUUGGAUUCUCUGGGUGUCUCCGGGCUGAUGCUCCAUAACUACUACACGUCUCCGAUCUGCUCACCUUCAAGAGCUGCCCUUAUGACUGGGAAAUAUCCCAUACAUACAGGUAUGCAGCACGGUGUAAUAUACGGCGCGGAGCCCCGAGGUUUACCCCUCAACGAGAAAAUACUGCCACAAUAUUUAAAGGAUUUAGGUUAUAAAACGCAUUUGGUGGGGAAAUGGCAUCUCGGGAGCUACAAAAAGGAAUAUUUGCCUUUGAAUCGAGGGUUCGAUAGUCACGUCGGUUUCUGGACUGGAAGGAUCGACAUGUACGACCACACGACCAUGGAGCAGGGCUCGUGGGGAACCGACUUCAGGAGAGGUUUCGAGGUAGCUCACGAUUUGUUCGGUGUCUACGCCACAGAUGUCUACACCGACGAAGCUAUUAAAGUGGUAAAUUCUCACAAUAAAAGCGAGCCCCUGUUCUUGAUGGUGGCCCACUCGGCCGUGCACAGCGGCAACCCUUACGAACCGAUCCGCGCCCCGCAGAAGCUGAUAGACGCCUUCAAGUACAUCGACGACUCUGCCAGGCAGAAAUUUGCAGCGGUUCUAUCGAAACUGGACGAGUCCGUAGGCAAAGUGGUCAAGGCUCUGCACACGCAGGGCCUCUUGGAGAACUCAAUAGUUGUCUUCAGUACGGAUAACGGAGGUCCCGCCGCUGGUUUCAACGAUAACGCAGCCUCUAACUACCCGCUCAAAGGAGUAAAGAACACAUUAUGGGAAGGCGGAGUCCGAGGGGCCGGGUUUCUGUGGAGCCCUCUACUGGACUCGAAGGCGCGAGUGGCGUACCAGAAAAUGCAUAUAUCGGAUUGGCUACCCACCCUGUACAGUGCGGCGGGCGGUGACCUCAGCGUCCUUGAGAACCUGGACGGUGUGAACCAGUGGUGCGCGUUGUCCAAAAACACAGAGUCUCCGCGCACCUCUGUAUUGCACAAUAUCGAUGACAUCUGGGGUAUUGCAGCUUUGACAGUUGAUAAAUACAAAUUAAUCAAAGGCACCAUCUAUAAAGGUGUUUGGGACAACUGGUACGGGCCAAGCGGGAGAGAAGGCGCUUACAAUGCUAGUCUUUUAUAUGACAGCCACGCAGGAAGAGUACUUGACAAACUUAAUCUUAUGCCCCCCAAAGAAAAGGUCAUGGAGCUAAGAGAUGAAGCCACAGUGAAGUGCAACGACAGUAUUGAAGUCAUCCAGUGUAAGCCUCGAGAAGCGCCGUGCGUCUUCAAUAUCGACGAGGAUCCGUGCGAGAGAAGGAACUUAGCGCAACUGUUACCAGAAGUACUUGAGAGUCUUCUGAGCGAAAUGCACAAGCUGAACGCGUCGGCCGUGACGCCCAACGCCCAACCGAUAGACCCCCGCGGCGACCCGCAGUACUGGGGCAGGGUCUACACUAACUUCGGCAACUACGAAACGCAACACGGCUCGAGCGUUUGUCUGUGAUGUUACAUAUAUAUAUGAAGAACCUUACCAUUGUCGGUAUAUUUACAUAUCGACGCUUGAAAGGCAAACGUGACUAAGCGACAAUAACUGCUUUGUACAUAAAUGACAGGCAAUAAUCA